CAGACGUGUUUCGUUUGUCGAUCUGAGUAGACGUGUGCUAGCGUUGCUCAAAGUUGACGAGUCGUAAUCGCGUUGUUAACGAUACCUACUUCUUCUUCGAUUUUCUUCAGUCUAUCUAAUUCGUGAUAUCUAAUUAGUGAUUGAAUUAAGUGUAAGAUGUAAUAAAAACUCAGUGCCGUGCACAACUUUCCGCGAUAUAGACGCAUUAUGUUAGUGAUAUCUUAAUUCGUGCCAAGAUGUCGCUGCCUUUGAAGAGAUCAUUCAGUACGGAGGGCCAUGCGUCCAGACGUGACUGGAAGACACGGCUCAGCCUCCGCAGCCGUAGCGGUCACAGCAUGGAUGCUUUGAGAGGCCGUCGAUGCGCCUCUCUCCGAGCGGGAACCUCCAUACGGGUAGACGAUUCGGGAAGAGCAACCCCAGCUCGUGUUCCGAGGGCUGCCUCCUCACCAGGUGACCAACAAACUCCGAAGAAGUCAAACUGGGAAGUCAUUGAGCACUUCUCAUCCAGCCGCAGCAAGAAAAGUCCAACCACUGUGGAAACGGAGGGCGCCCCCCAGCCUUCAUCAGCUUCCCUACCCCUCUGCCCCGCGGGAAAACCCGAUGUCGACGAACAGCCAUUGCUCGGAGAAGAUCCCGGAGGUGAGGCAGGUCCUGGACCGUCGGAAAACAACGAUGAUGAAGAAAACACCUGCUGUGAAGUCGUGACACAGAAUUGCCCUGAACCAAUUAGGGAUCUCUGCUUUUCACAUCGAUUUAUAAACCUAAAUGUGGAGAUGUUAUACCAACGUUACUUUCUUCGCAUGAAUCAGGCGAAUAUGAUGACUAUGCUGGGACUGCUAAUGGGUGUGGGUUUCGGGCUGAUAUCGAUCCAAGUGCCUGCAAUGUUUGCCGCCCAGAGUUUCAUCACUGACGCAUUGUACAACCUUACAAGUUUUGACCAAAUAGGAUUGUCGACAGAUUUCUCGAAGUCAAGAUACAUGAGGGGCUCUCGUGCCUUUUUCGAGAGGGAAAGAUUGGCGCAUUUGAUCAACGUAGUUCUGUUUGGACUUGCAGCUUUAGUGUAUGCCUGUCUUCUCGCGUGCUUGAGCAGACCAGCAAUGAACGAGAUAUAUUUGCUGACCGUCUCAUAUAUUGUCCUGACCACCUUCAUACUUAUUGAGAGCUCCCUGUGCGGCACCGCAGUACUAAGAUCAAUGAACGUGAGCAUGGGUAUAUGUGCGCUACUCACAUAUGUGACAUACGCUACUCUACCGCUGCGACUACAUGAGGCUACUAUUGGUGGAUUUAUACUUGGAGCUAUCAGCAUUGGUGCCCAAAUCAUGAUGACCAAGACUACUGAUACUCAGAUUUUCUGCAACCUGAUAACCCUGAUCGCAUGCAACAUUGCCGGCAUUAUGACCCAUCAUCCACGUGAAAUGGCGCAGCGUAGAGCUUUCUUGGAGACUCGUGAUUGUGUUGAGGCACGUUUGGUGACACAACGAGAGAAUCAACAGCAGGAGCGCCUGUUGCUAUCGGUACUCCCUCGUCACGUCGCCAUGGAGAUGAAGGCUGACAUCGCAAACCAACCACGUCAGGAGCAGUUUCACAAGAUCUACAUACAACGAUACGAGAAUGUCAGCAUCCUGUUUGCGGACAUUUGUGGAUUCACCUCCCUGUCAGAUCAAUGCACUGCUGAAGAACUCGUCAGACUCCUUAAUGAAUUGUUCGCAAGAUUCGACCGUUUAGCUGCUGAGCACCACUGCCUUCGCAUCAAGUUGCUGGGUGAUUGCUACUACUGCGUUUCUGGAUUGCCCGAGGCUCGCGAUGACCACGCCAAGUGCUGCGUCGAAAUGGGACUUGACAUGAUUGAUGCUAUUGCCCUGGUACGCGAAGUGAUGGCUGUCAACGUCAACAUGCGCGUUGGAAUUCACACUGGCCGGGUUCAUUGCGUGGUACUUGGCCUCCGCAAGUGGCAGUUUGACGUAUGGUCCAAUGACGUUACCCUGGCUAACUACAUGGAGAGUGGAGGAGUUGCAGGGCGAGUUCACAUCACGAAGGAGACUUUGGCAUGCCUCGGCGAUGAGUACAGAGUGGAACCGGGGAACGGUGGUCAGCGGAACGCAUAUUUGAAAGACCACAACAUUGAAACCUAUCUCAUUGUCCCAGAUGACACAAGCCGUGUGGAUAAGAAGCCUCAAAAUAAUUUCUCUCUCAAUGGAAACAUCUCAAAGGAGAUGCGGGUGAUGGGACAUGGCUCGCAACACGGAAAACAUUCCUCAAAAAGCGGCGCCGACGCUAAUACCGAGAAUAAGAAGCCAGAAGAUGAAGUAAAUGAGUACUUGAUGAAAGCAAUCGAUGCCCGCUCUAUAGAUCGCUUGCGGGCGGAACACUGUCGCCCAUUUACACUUACUUUCCGCGACCGAAAGAUUGAACAAAAGUACAUUGCUGAGCGGGACAGGAUGCUGAAAGUAUACUUCCUAUGUUCGAUCUUCGUGUACAUUGCUAUGGUCUUUGUGCAGUAUCUUGUUUAUAACAUAACAUUGGCUGGAACAAUCACAAUACUUACUUGUGCGACGAUAAUCAUGGCGGUUAUAUUCAUUGUACUAUGCAAAGAUUUUAAGUAUGCAGUGCCGAGCGUUCAGAAAUUUUCAGAAAGAGUUCAUAAUAAUCGAAACCUGGCGCAGCUUAUGUCUUUCCUCCUAGUUGCAACCGUCGCAAUUCAAGUUGAGGUCAUUAUGGGAAUCCAUCUGCUAUCAGAAAAAGAUCCAAGUGAAGGCGAAUGUCCCAAGAGUAUUAACGAGCACUACAUGCAGCUGACACUUUUGGCAAUGUUCUUAUGUGCCACCCAUCAGAUUCUCAUCACGACUUUGAAGACAAUUCUUCUCGUUAUCAUCAGUGGUAUAUACAUCGGUGUUACCAUUCGAAAAUAUGUCUACUAUCAACUGUACUACUCAGAAUUUCAGUUCACAUGUGUUGACGACUGGAGCCAAGACCUAACAAACAUCGUUGGAGCUCUGGGUGGCCUCAUUGCAUUGGUACUACAUUCCCAGCAAACUGAGAGUACAUACAGACUGGAUUUCAUAUGGAAACUGCAGGCAAAUGACGAAAAAGAGGAUAUGGAGCAUUUGGAGGCAUACAACCGCAAGCUUCUAGCAAAUAUCUUACCGGAACACGUUGCCCAGCAUUUCUUGUGCAGUGACAAAAACUUUGACGAGUUGUACCACGAACAAUGUGAGUCCGUGUGCGUCAUGUUCGCAUCGAUUCCAAACUUUUCGGAAUUCUACGUUGAACUGGAAGGGAACAAUGAGGGAGUGGAAUGCCUACGUCUGCUGAAUGAGAUAAUUGCAGACUUCGAUGAGAUCCUGGCUGAAGAACAGUUCAAGUAUAUUGAGAAAAUCAAGAGCACCGGUGCAACGUACAUGGCAGCGUCAGGUCUGACGGUGGCAACUAGUGACCUUCUAGGCUUUAGACAUGUGACAGCGAUGGCUGACUAUGCACUACGUCUCCGUGAACAGUUGCAAUAUGUCAACGAGCAUUCGUUCAACAACUUCAGGAUAAGGAUAGGGAUUAACAUCGGUCCCGUGGUGGCUGGCGUGAUUGGAGCAAGGAAGCCACAAUACGAUAUUUGGGGCAAUGCUGUCAAUGUUGCAUCGCGCAUGGACUCUACUGGACUCCUCGAUCAUAUCCAGGUGACACAGGAGGUGUAUGACAUCCUGUCAAAGCGUGGCUACAAGCUUCGAUGCCGUGGAACAAUUGACGUCAAGGGCAAAGGGAACAUGGUGACAUUCUUUCUUGAUGGCAUCGGGGAAACAACUAUACUGAACAAUAAUAACGAUAUUUAUAGUAACCCAACCCCGUCGACCUCCGGUUCUGGUGGUGGUGGAAACAUUGACAAAUCUGAGCAUCGUCCUUUGGAGACACUUUCUGAAGGACACACUGAUGAGGAUGGACCCACACCGAGAUCUUCAAUACCCAAAGAAGAACAAAACGACGCGAGUAGCCCAAAGAUCUCAAAUGAAAAUAAAUCGUGUGACAGCCUCGCCGGUGCCGUUCGUGCAAGAGUUAUGAGACACAUACAGCGACCUCUUUCACUUACUGAUAACCCUGGAUUACCUGCUUUUAUCAAUCUCCUACAAUCAAAAGCCUACUCCACUGACCUCGGCGCAGCAACGUAUUUUGCAGAUCAACCAGCUAACACAUCCCUAACGGAAAUUCAGACAUCGAAGGACGAAGAUUGGAUAAGUCUUGAUAUAGAGGAAUUGGGUUCAAGAGUCCCAAAACGGGCGUCAAGUCUUGCUGAUUUCUUUUUUAAGAGGAAACAAGACAAACAAAACUUUUCAUCAGUCAAUAUUAUAGAAAAUCCCAUGAACGCAGUCUAAAUUAAUCCCACUAAAAAGAAAUGUAAUAUUAACGAGAUAUAAACCUAUAUUUUGUCGAUACUAUAUUUCUUUUAAGCUCAAUCAAUUAUUACGUAAAGAAUAUUAAAAUCAAUGUGAGGAAGCCAGCCUAAGAUUUGAGUACCCACUCUUUUCUUAGCUUGAUACAUUAGGCUAUGACAAGACUGAAUGUAAUGACCAUGAACUUCACAAAGUGAAAAGCAUUGUAAGUUCAUUCUAAACAAUGAACGAAUUUAUUUAUUUAAGUAUACGCCGUUGUGUGCAUUGGUACUAUACCAAAACCUGUCUAUAGGAAAUGGAAUUUCCGACUUGACGGACUAUAUAUGACGAUAAUACGUAUUUUAGGAAAAUGUUUACAUGAACAAAAAUCGGGAUUGCAUUCAACGCGGGGUAAAACGCUUAAAAUUAAAUGAGGCCAUAGGUAUUGUCAAUUGAAUAAAGGGAGAUUAAUCUUCAGGGGUUAGGAGGUAUUUACAGAUUGGGUGUUGCUGGUAUGGCGAUUGAGGUGACGAAUUUUUCAUAGUUUGGCGUAAGUCAUUCAAUGCACGGCAACUUGAUUGUAUUUAUAACACAUUUCAAUAUUUCGCUUUUGAACGUUACAUGAACAAAGAAGACAACGUAGUAAUGAAACUCUCAACUACAAUUUCUUAAUAAUUAUUAUCUCUAUAUAAAUGUUCUAGAUAUAAUUAGAAGACCCAUCAAAAUCCAUUUAAUGUCAUUUUUAUUGAACUAUGGUCGCAUUACCGAUAUAGUAAUGUUACUGUUCGUGAUUUCGAUCUUAAAAAUGUAUGAUUUUAUAUAUUUAAAAUUUGCUCUUAUUCCAAGCAUUAGUUGCUGUGAUAAUUCUAUUAGUUUUAACCUUUAUCUCUCACAUAUACCUUGGUAUAAGAUUCAGUGUCAACUUUAAAUGCGAACUCUUCAUUUUGUCAAAUAAUUAUCCGUUUUUGACAGGUAGUUAUAGUAAUACUAAAUCUUAGAACAAGAAAGAAAGCAUGGAAAUCACGCUAAUUUAUAAUUAUGUCCGUUGUUUUUUUGCAUAAUUAGGUAGUUCUUUUUUCGCGAUUUUCUAAUUAUUUACACAAGAAAUGUGAGAAACUGUUCUAGCAUUUUUUUUCUAAAUCGUUUAAUGACAACCUUCACAAGACAUAGAGGUUUUAACUUAUAGAUAUGUGUUAGUCGCAUUAAUAUGAAUUAGGGUAAUCGAUCAAACAAAAUGUAUUCAUUGAAUUUAUUUUUUAAUAUAAAGUUUUCCAUAGUUAAUUUACUAAUAUUAUUUUUUUUAUAAUUAAUGUUCCUCAAAAUAUCCUUGGUUUAUUUAUUGUUUUAAUUUAUUAGGCAUGAUUUAACUAAGUUUACUGAAAGAUUUUUUUAUUUCAAUAUUAGAUUUUUGACAUCUAUGGAUGAGAUUCAGGAAUGAGAUGUAGCGCGAAAUGCAACUUCCAUAGGUAUGUCAAAAUCCAAUAAUUUUUUGGCGUACGGAAGCUUCUUUUCUGAAUCUUACCCUUAGAUCAUACAAAUAUUAAUCAUACAAUAAACCGAAGUAGACACCAAACAAAAUAAAUGUAACAACAAUUUUAGAUUUUAUUUAUUGCAAUAACAUCAACAAUUAUAUAUACUACCGAAGAUUUUUGUUUCUUUAUUUCUUUGUUUGAAACAUUAAAAAUUCAUCAUCCAAUAACAUUAGACAGAGGAAGAAUGAUUUAUCAUUGUAGUCAAAAUUUUCCUUAUUAUUAUAUUUUUUGCUAACCACAACAGAUUUCAGAUUAACGGGACUAAAUAAAGUUAUCUCUUUAACUGGCCGACCGAUACAUUUGAUUUUUUAAUUAAUUCAUGAGUCUCAUUUAACCACAUAAGUCAUAUACCAUUUAGACAAAUAGCUGGGUCUCUUACGGUUUCCAUGCUUUAGUUUUUGUUUUUAAACUUAAACUUUGAUUAGACGUUUUCAGUCAUGGAAUAACUAAGAUGUUGUCUCGUUCGCGUUUUUCUUUGCGUUUCAGCUGUCACAUGAGAUUGUUUAUUUGAUUUUACGCUAUUGUCCAAUACUCAUGUCGCAGCUUCUGAAAUAAAUAUCCCUAUUGCGUCUAAUUGAAUCCCUUAGCUAGCUUAUCCAUGCGUUAGUAAAAAUACUUUAGGUAAAUUAAUAACAAAGUUGCAAAAGAAACGAGUAAUCUCAGCGUAGUUUUAAUAAAUGUUUUAUUCUAAUCUUCAUAUAGGAACUUAAUUCGUAUAUUUUUACCAUUAUAAUUGUGAAUUUCGAACAAUUCUGUUAAUUAUAUAAGUUUUGCAAUUGGUCUAAUUAAUUUUAAUACGCGCCUCAAUUGACUCCGAUAGUAAAUUUAUAUGUUAUACGUAAUUGUAUCUUAAGUCUAUUUAUUAAUGUGUUUUAUUAUUCAAGUGUUAGGUAUAAUUAUAAAACUAUUCUAUUUUCGUGUAAACGUAAUGUACGCAUUUAUCUACUUUCACCCUAGUAUUUUUCGAUGUUUUUUACAAAAUGCUUAUUUUUACUAGUGCCAACACUAUGUAUCCCUUACAGUAUUAGUGUAAGUAUUUAAAAUAACUGAUGUUAGGUUAGAAAUGUUACUGUAGAUUUGUGUCUAAAUGUAUUACCAUAAGCCCCAUAAUCACUUUAUACAUUUUCUGAUGGCUAAGUUCGACAUUGCGUUCAUUUUGCGAUUAUUUUUUAUUGUUGUACGUUUAUUUAAGAAUGUUGAUUUUCCAAUAUAUGCCAACUAAAGACAAUUUUCAGACUGUUUCUUUUAGCUUAGUUGAUAACGCAUUAUAACCUAGGUACAGAGUUCAGGAUAUAAUGCCGAUUAGGUUUAUUAUUGCUUAAACUGCGAAACCUUCCCACACAAACUCGCAAUAUCUGCCCCGGUACUCUAUACUAUCAGUAGUUCCAGCGAUCUUGACGUCUAAAUUGAAUAUACCUAUGCACCACGCAAAGUAACGCCAUCUAGGCCAUCUUCGAUACAAUUCUUUCGGCAUCGUUAUCGCUAUUGGGAGUUAAGAAGACCGGGCGCUCUUUAAUUAUACAGAAAAACUGUAUAAUGAUUGUAAAAGAUUAUGGCGCAUAUGGCAAUAUAUGAGAGUGAUAGGAUUUCUUGACCGCUCGUAAAAAACAUUUUUUGCCAUUUGUAUUAACUUAAUAGUAGCCAAAGAACAGUAAAGCUUUGCUUAAUUAUUGUGUACGGUGUUGAUUGUACUAAGUAUCUAUAAACCAUAUAUAAAUGUGUACACCAAAUUAAAGCCUCGAAAAGUUUAAUUUGCUCAAGAGAAAUAUAAAUUCCAAUGUUUGGUUAUAAGUAUAACAAUAUUUGAUAGCCACUUGUAGGCUUUUUUGCAUCUCAGUGAUCUAAUAUAUAUUUGUGUCUAGCGAAUAUUUAAAAACAUUCGAUUUUACUUACUCAAUGUAUAAGGUUUCUUUUAUUUGCGGUAAUAACGAUUUGACGUUCGUAUAUUUUUGUCGCACCCAACUAGCUUUAUAGGCCGUUCAAUUAAAAGCCUAGCCUCUUAGCCUAGCCCCUUAACUAAACAGCGCCGUUUAACUAGCGGCCUGAAACAUAUUCAGCCAGUUGAUCAAACAGCUAGGCAAAUUACAUGGAUCGAUGACGUUUUAUUACUUGCCUAGCCUGUUGACUGUUAAUUUAAAUUUAGUUCCACUAAAUGCCAGUCUCUAACUCGAAACGAAACUUUUCAAACGGACGUAUAUAAUAUGGCGUCGGCAAACCACAACUUUGAUAGUGUUUUCCAAAGUUUAAUGAAAACAAUUACAAUUACAAUAGAAGAGUGUAGUAACAAUAAUAAUGUGAAUUUAGCUUUUAACUUUCAAGCAAUUUAAUUUUUUGUCAGAUCUUUCAUCUUUCUUAUUUCUGCCAGCCAACUUAUUAAUUGUUGUUACAUACGCUAUCUAUGGCUGAAUAUCUUUCAGGCCGCUAAUUAUACGGCACUGUUUCGGUAAAAGGCUACGCGACAUAACUAUAAUUUAUCGAAAAGUAUUCAUUUGGCCUACAGCUCGUAGAUACUCAAUGUUAAGAUGUAAGUGCAUAUAUUUGUAUAUUAGGGACUUUAUGACCAAUUAAUUUACUCUAUGCUUAAUGUAUUGAUAGUCUAAACUUUAAAUUUUGGAUGUUUUAUAGUGUUCUUGGCUAAUAAGAAUUAGCGAAUAUUUAUCGUAUAUGAAAUUAGACGAGGUGUAUUCCUUUUAAAAUUAGAAUUGUUCUUCAAUUCGAUAUACGAAUUUUGGAAACUACUAGCUAUUAGGAAUUCGCUUAUAUAUUUUGUUAGCACCAGUUAUUGUUUGUGUUAUUUUGAAUAUGGAAUACUGUUUCUAUCGUUGAAAUAUAAUAUAUAAUCUGCAAAAUGCUACAAGUCUCAAGUAUGUCAUAUAUGAAAUUGGUAAUCUAAUUUCUAAUUCCUAAAAGGCCGGCAACGCACUGGCGAGCACUCUGGCAUUGAGAGUGUCCAUGGUAUCACUUCACAUCAGGACCUGACCAUUUGCCCUGUUCUAUAUUUUUUAUUAUUAUUUUACAAUUACAAAUAAAUCUCCAGCUAACAUCGCAUCUUAUUUUUUCUUAUUAUCUUCUUCCUCUCGUAUGAUCUUAUUUAUAAUUAUUAUAUUCGUUUUGUAGACGUAUUUUUUUUUCAAUUAUUAUUUUUAUCACAUAACAACUAAAAUCGGUUCACAAGAUGUAUAAUCUAGUAUAAUUAUUGUUGUAUGCAUAAGUAAGAAUGAAGCUUUGCAGAACUACGAUUGAAACAGUAUUUUAUGUAUUAACUUAAAUUUUACGUACUUAUUAGAUGUAUAGAGUAAUCAAAGAUGGAUAUUAUGAUACAAGUAGAAAUUGUUUAUGUUACACACUUUGAAUGUUUCGAUGUGGUUACAUUUAAGCAACAUUAUUUUUAAUUGAUUUUAUAUAAAAGCUUUAUAGCACUACGCUUUGCUAUAGGCUUUCUUUAAGUACUGCAUAAAUUCAUUUUCUAUAAAUUACCUACGUUCAAAUUUGUAUCUUAUAAUAACAUUAUUAUCUGUAGACGAGUCCGCCUGUAAACUUAUGAUUCGCAAAGCAUUAGACCAAUAACAAAAGGCGAAUUCUGUCGCACUGGUAUGUUCCAUAAUUGUACGUACAAUUUUAAUUAUGAAGGACUAUAGUUAAAUGUCAAACGCAGCGUAAGUGAACAAACAAAUGCUGAACGCCUCAUCCCAAAGAAUGUUUUGUCAUGUUAUUUUCAAAGUGCAAUUCAAUAGCCAUUUGAGCGUAACGUUUACAGGUGUAUUCAAAAAUUUGUAUAAUUUAAUCUUAAUAUAUAUCAAUUACGUGUCACGUUGUUUGUCCGCUAUGGACUCCUAAACUACCGAACCGAUAUCAAUCAAAUUU